CCUCCCUCCUCCUUUACAGCACCAGAGCUAACGCCGAGUACUCCGUCUACUCACCUCCCAGCUGAAGCGAUGGCCUCCAGCGGCGGCGCCGUGGCGGCGAUGUUGAAGAACAACAUGCUCGUCGCCUGCGUGAUGCUCCUCGUGGUCCUGCUGAUGGCGACGCAGAUGGGGGCGGCGGUGGCCGGCGACGCCGGCGCGGGACGCCGUCGCCUGCUCGAUGCGUGCCAGUACAGAAACUGCAACUGCCGCACUUGCUACAUUUUCCACUGGGCCUGUUGCGGCUUGUGCUGCCCGCCGGCGUAGGGGACGGCGGCACACACGGCCCGCUGCAGUUUCUCACAUGCAGAGGUUUGAAUAAUGCACAUGUACGUGGUUACAGUAACAUGUGGCUGCUCUUGUCUGUCCCAAUGCUAGUCGUGGCCUUUGAAAUUUGACAAAUUUAACC